AUGAAUUUGGAAGAAAGUAUGAUUAGGCCAAUAAUUUCCUUGAAGGCAAUGGCUACCAGAAGGCGUGGAGUUGGUGUUGGUGCUAUCCAACAAAAGCAACAAGUUCAAGCUCAAUAUGCAGCAAAAGGUGAAGAGUUGGCGAGUGAACAAAUUGCUAAUUUUUCUCAACAACUUGAAACUUUUACUAAGAAAUUAGAAGAUUUUGCUUACAAACAUAGAAAUGAAAUCAAAAAGAAUAGUCAAUUUAGAAGGCAUUUUCAAGAAAUGUGUGCACAUGUUGGCGUUGAUCCACUUGCUUCAUCUAAAGGAUUCUGGGCUUCUAAAUUAGGUGUUGGUGAUUUUUAUUAUGAAUUAGCUGUUCAAGUUAUUGAAGUUUGCCUCUCCACAAACCAUAUUAAUGGUGGACUUAUUACACUUAAUGAUCUUAGAACACGUCUAUUGAAAAGCAGAAGUAAGACACGUAAAGAAAAUAUUACAAAUGAUGAUAUUUUGAGAGCUGUACAAAAAAUUAAAGUUCUUGGUGAAUUAUCUAUGGAUGAUAGUAGGGUUCUACAAUUAGCUGAAGAAACAGGAUUUGUAACAAUUGAAUUAAUUAUGGAUCGAUUAAGAUGGGAAGAAACAAGAACACUACAAGUAAUUGAACAUCUGAUAAAAGAGGGAUUAGCUUGGGUUGAUGAACAACCAUCUGAUACUAAUCAAUAUUGGAUACCUAGUUUAUUUUUACAGCAAUAUUAUCCAAUAAUAGGUAGUUCCGGUUCAACAGAAAGUAGUUUAUCUUCUUUCUAUGUUUCAUAA